AUGAGGUCGCCUCGGGAAAUAUUAUAUUUGCUAGGAGUGCAGGACACGUUUAUUUUUGUUUUGAUUUUAUUUUCCUUGGCGAACGCAACAGUCUCUGUGUAUUAUGGACACAUUGUGGAAAACGCACCGGCACAUACCCGAGUGGACGGGUUACUUCUACCUGUUGGAGAAAAAUGCCGUAGUUUUCUUGGAGAAUCUGGACACAGUGUGGCAUUAGAAGGAGAUGGUGCGUCUGAUUUUAUUUUUGCUUGCAAGCCCGAACACGGACAACUCUUUCUGAAAACCACGAAAACUUUGGACAGGGAAGAAAUUGCAACGUACACUUUAAGCGCUGCCCGGUCUGGCUGUUUCAAUAGCACCCUGGAGAUAAAAAUCACAGUGCUGGAUUUGAACGACAACAUACCUCGAUUCAUCAGUAAAAAGAAAAAGAUUGAAGUCAACGAACUCAUCCCAGUAGGUUCCGAACUGGUUCGAUUUUAUGCCGUGGAUCGAGACAGUGGACAUAACAGUGAAAUCACUUACUAUGCAUUCCCACAAAAUGAAAAUAUAUUUGUCAUUCCCAAAACUGGGCAGGUGAUGCUGGUUAAUUCUCUUAAAGGUAUAAAUAAUAUCACCAUUCACAUUAUUGCGAAAGACAACGGAGACGUAGCGCUAGAAAGCGAGCCGGCGACACUUGAAAUUGAUGUUGGGGGUUCUCUCUUUAAAGUUAGGAAGCCGAGAGCGGUUUCCGAGGAACUGUUUUACACCGUAAUGGUCUCUGAAGAUGUGAAAGUAGGAGAUAUGAUUUUUACAGUUCCUGAUAUGAAGUUUGAGAAGAGGCGGUUCGAGGUUAUCUCCGAAGCAGAUUCUCCGGUCCAGAUCGAACGAGACUCUGGCAGACUUUAUAUGGCUCAGAGCUUGAAGAGUCCGGCAGAGGUGAUGAUUAAAGUCCAGAACCUAAAAGGAGACGAAUGGUACCUGUGUCGGCUGACCCUGAACGUGCCCACCGUGUCGGACCUGCAGUGGGCCAUGUUCCCCUUCCCUUACCUGGCGGCGGUGGCACCCGACGCAGCUGCAGGCUCCGUGGUGUACCGGCUCUCCGCCAGAAACGGCGACGGGACCCUGGGGGCGGCCCGCUUCCUGCUCCUGGAGGGCGGGGAGGAGCACUUUGAGGUGGAUGGAGGCUCGGGGGAGAUCAGGACCACCCGCCAACCGCUGUCCCAGAACAAGGAGUACGUCCUGACGGUCCAGGCAGUGGACAAGCAGGGGAGGAAAGGCCCGCAUGCAGCCGUGUCAAUCCUGGCCGGGCUCCGCCCCCCGCAGUUCACCAACGCCUCCUACACCGUGUUUGUCCCAGAGAGCACAGGGGCAGGACAAGCUGUUGCAGUGGUGCAAGCCAUCUCCUUCCAGCGCAAGAGUCUCUCUUACCUGCUCCUGGUCAACCCCAGCAACCUCUUCAGUGUGAACCAGGAGAGCGGGGCUGUGAGCCUGACUCGGGCUGUGGACUACGAGAGUGGACACCACCUCCAUCACUUACAAGUGCGGGCAGCGGAGCCUGGCACCGGGCUGAGCACAGUGGCAGAGGUGGUGGUGCACAUCAGCGACGAGAAUGACUGCACGCCAGAAUUCAUGCAUUCCAUCUACAGCCGGGACAACAUUCCGGAAGCUACCCCCCCAGGGACGUCCUUACUGCAAGUUUUAGCCCGAGACUGCGACACAGGCCAGAACGCCGAGCUGGCCUACUUCAUCCAGAGCGUGGACUUUGACAUCACCGCCCAGGGGGUGGUCAGCCCCAGGCAGCGGCUGGACUAUGAGCGGCCCAACCACAUGUACGAGUUUGUGGUGGUGGCUGUGGACAAGGGCAGCCCACCCCGGACCGGCACCGCCUCGGUCCGGAUCCGCAUGGCCAACGCCAACGACGAGGCGCCCGUCUUCUCCCAGGCAGCCUAUAAGACCUUCCUGUCAGAGGAUGCUGGGCCUGACACACUUGUGGCUAUCGUCCACGCCAAGGACCCAGAUGGGGACGGGGUGACAUACGCCAUCACAGGAGGCAACGAGGACAGCAACUUUGAGCUGGACAACCAGAAAGGGAUCAUUAAGCUGAGGAGGAGCCCUCCGCCCCAACUCCGGGGGCCCCAGUACAUCCUGAACAUCACGGCCACCGACGACAAUGGCUCAGGUGGGCCGCACCCCCUCAGCAGCUCCGCCCAGAUCAUCGUGGGCAUCAACGACAUCAACAACAACAAGCCGGUCUUUGAGGAGUGUCAUAACUACAGCAUCAAUGCCUGGGUCUUGGAGAACCAGCCCCCUGGAACUUUGGUGCUGAGGGUGCAGGCCCAUGACGCAGACAUUGGGCUCAACGGCGAGGUCAAGUAUGGCAUCAUGAACCGGGAUGGUGCUUCCUCUGGGUUUGCAAUCGAUCCCAACACAGGUGUGAUCAGCACCACGGUGAGCUUCGACCGCGAGAAGCAGCGGGAGUACACCCUGUCUGUCACCGCCACUGACCUCGCCCAGGAACCCCUCAUCGGCAUCUGCCAGAUCACCGUCCUCAUCGCCGACCAGAACGACAACGACCCCAAGUUCGAGAACAGUCGCUACCAGUACUUCCUGCGUGAGGACACGCCCGUGGGAACCAGCUUCCUGCGAGCGGCUGCGCACGACGACGACCAGGGCACCAACGCCGCCAUUACCUACUCCCUGUCCCGUCAAACCCCAGCCUACUUCCACAUCAACCCCAGCACGGGCUGGGUUUUUGUCAAUCACCCCAUCUCACAGACAUCCCGCAUCAGUCAGCAGAUCAUUGCCACGGACGGCAGUAACAGGAGCAGUUCCGUGGACCUGACUGUCAUCAUCACCAACGUCCACAACCAGCCGCCCCAGUGGGAACAGGCCGAGUACUGGGUCACCAUCCCCGAAAACACCGUACGGGACACGAAGAUUGUGACCAUAAAGGCGACAUCACCCCUGGGCGACCCCAGGGUCACCUACAACCUGGAGGAAGGGCAGGUCCCAGAGACCAACAUGCCGGUGAGGUUCUACAUCAAGCCCAACCGCGCCGAUGGCUCGGCGUCCAUCCUGGUGGCCGAGCCGCUGGACUUCGAGGCCACGCGCUUCUUCACGCUGCGUGUACGCGUCCAGAAUGUGGCUGCCGUCCCCCUAGCUUCCUUCACCACUGUCUACGUCAACCUCACAGAUGUGAAUGACAACGUUCCCUUCUUCCUGUCCUCCACCUACGAGGCCACAGUACCAGAGGGGGCGGAAAUUGGGACAUCAGUGGCCCAGGUGUCUGCCACAGACCUGGACUCAGGCCUCCACGGCAUGAUCACCUACAUCAUUCUGAAGGAUGAGAGUGGAGACUCCCAGUUCUUCAGCAUCAACUCCUACACGGGGGUGAUCCACACACGUGCCACCUUUGACAGAGAGCAGAAGGGAUCAUACCUGAUCGAGGUGCAGUCUCAGGACAGCUCGGAGUCAGCCAGGCCCAGCCAGCAGGGACAACCAAACACAGACAUGGCCUACGUGCGGAUCUUCGUCACAGACGUCAACGACAAUGCGCCCGCCUUCUCCCAGCCUGUGUAUGAGAUCAGCGUGGAGGAAGACGAAGAAGUGGGCUUCGUUGUCAUUACGGUGACGGCCAACGACGAAGAUGAAGGAGCCAACGCAAAGCUGCGGUACCAGAUCACCUCAGGGAAUGCGCGGGGUACGUUUGACGUGGAGCCCGAGGUGGGCACCGUCUUCAUUGCCCAGCGGUUGGACUAUGAGCAGGAGCAGCGGUAUGAACUGCGUCUGGUGGCCUCCGAUGGGAAGUGGGAGAACCAGACCCUGGUGGUCAUCAACGUCAUCAACAAGAAUGACGAGGCGCCCAUCUUCACCGAGACUGAGUACCAUGCGAGUGUCACAGAGGAGCUGACCGACCUGCCCAUGCUAGCACUGCAGGUCUCAGCCACCGAUCCAGACCAGGAGGCAGACCAGAGCGCCCUCAGGUAUUCACUUCAUGGUCAGGGAGCAGGCAGCGAGUUCACCAUCGAUGAGCUGACAGGACGCAUUCAUGCCCAGAAGACACUGGACCGCGAAGAGCGCUCUGUGUGGCGUUUCCUGGUACUGGCUACGGAUGAAAACGGGGCAGGACUGACCGGCUUCGCUGAUGUCAUCGUGAACGUGCGCGACGUGAACGACAACGCCCCUGUCUUCUUGUGUGCAGGAGAUGGCUGCUUUGUGGGUCAUGUGCCGGAGAACUCUCCCGCUGACACCUCCAUCAUGGAGAUGCGAGCCAACGACUUGGACGACCCCAAAGCCGGGAAGAACGCGGUCCUCACCUACCAGAUCAUUCAGAAUGUUCGUAACGAGAUCAACCUCAAUCUCUUCUCCAUCAACCCCGCCACAGGCACCAUCUACACCGUGCUUCGCUCGCUUGACCGGGAGGUGGAGGACCGCUACCUGGUGGUGGUGGAGGCCCAGGAUGGUGGGGGACUCUCGGGAACAGGCACGGCCACCAUCGUGGUGUCUGACAUCAAUGACCACCCGCCGGUCUUCACGCAGAAGAUCUACACAGCCUCUAUGCCAGAGAACCUGGACAUCAACAGUGAGGUUCUGGCAGUCUCGGCCACAGACGGCGACGAGGGCGAGAACGCUGCCAUGACUUUCAGCAUUGUAGGCGGCGACGAGGACCGCAAGUUCUUCAUGGAGACAGACAAGGCCAACCGGCGGGGUGCCAUCCGGUUGAAGAAGAAGAUUGACUUUGAGAAGCCUCACGAGCGCACCUUCAACCUCACAGUCAAGGUGGAAGACGUGGACUUCUUCAGCCUGGCCUACUGUGUCAUCCAGGUGGAGGACUCCAAUGACCACGCCCCGGUCUUCUUCCCCCAGUUCUACGAGGCAGGCAGCAUGUUUGAGGACGUUCCAGUCGGCACCAUUGUGGCCCAGGUCACCGCCGUGGACCUGGACUCAGGGCAGAACGGGAAAUUCUUCUACAGCAUUGCACCUGAGUCGGACCCCUUUGAGCAGUUUCUGGUGGACAAGAGCGGCUGGGUGGUGGUGGCAGACUCCCUGGACCGGGAGAAGAUCUCACAGCACCGCCUCAUGGUCUACGCCACCGACCUGGGCAGCCCGGCCCUGACCGGCACUGCCAUCGUCCUGGUGACCGUGCAGGACGUCAACGACAACGGGCCGGAGUUUGAGGCGCCUUACCGGCCGAUGGUGUGGGAGAAUACUCCUGCCCCCCAGGUGGUGCGCAUGAACGACUCGUCCGUCUUGCUACACGCCGCCGACCGUGACACCGCCCCCAACGGGGGGCCCUUCUCCAUCCGCUUGCUGAUGCUCACCAGCGACGCCACCAACUUCAACCUGACGGACCUACGGAAUGGCAGCGCGCUGGUCACCGUGCUGCGCACCUUUGACCGAGAGCGGCAGAAGGAAUACCUCCUGCCCGUGCUGAUGAUCGACAGCGGGACCCCACCCAUGAGCUCCACCAGCACCCUGACCGUCACCAUUGGAGACAGGAAUGACCACCCACAUACAGCCGGACACUCUGAGUUCAUCGUGUACAGCUACGAAGGCAAUCUCCCGACUACAGUACUUGGACAAGUUCAAUCCCCUGACCUUGACGACUGGAAUGAGAAGGUUUACAGAUUUGAAGGCAAACCCUCCUCCAGGUACUUCAUUCUCAACCAGAGUUCCGGUCAGCUCAGUGUCAGAGAGGGAACCCCACCCGGCACGUACAGCCUGCAUGUCCGGGUGACUGACAAAAUCUGGCCGGAUGUGACCUCCACGGUGGAGGUCAUCGUCAAGGAGCUGAAGGACGAGGCAGUGCAGAACGCUGGCUCUUUGCGGUUAUCCAACAUCACGGUAGAGGAGUUCUUCCUGACUCUGGAGGGGCAGGAGAGCAGGUACACGCGGCUGAAAAGAGUCCUGUCAGAGGUGAUGCAGACGGAUGAGGACAACGUCCAUGUGUUCAGUGUGGCCAAUAGCAGCCGGCGAGCUCGUGAGCUCAGCGUGUGGUUCGCUGCCCACGGGUCCCCCUACUACAAACCGGAGAAGCUGACCGGUACUGUGGUGGCACACAAAGCUAAGCUGGAGGCGGCCCUGGGCCUGACCAUCCUGCAGGUGGGUGUGGAUGAGUGUGCGUACAGCGACUGCAGCCAGACCGGCGGCUGCACCAGCACACUGAGCUUCAGCCGCACCCCGGCCGCCCUCAGCGGCGGGAACACCUCGCUGGUCUCUGUCUCGGCCUCCGUCAGGGCCCAGUGCGGCUGCUCGGCCCGGGAGAGGCUGCACCUCGCCUGCGCCUCCUACCCUCGCAGCCCCUGUCUGAACGGGGGCACCUGCGUCGACAGCGAGCUAGGCUACAGGUGUAAAUGUCCGCCCAUGUACGAUGGGCCAGAGUGCCAGCAGACCAAGCGCACAUUUCGCGGCUACGGCUAUGCCUGGUUUCCUCCCAUAAGGCCAUGCUUCCAGAGCCACAUCUCUCUGGAGUUCAUCACAGAGACAGCCAAUGGGCUCCUGCUCUACAACGGCCCCCUGGGGCCACUGAUGCCUGGAGACCCGGAGGACUUCAUCGCCCUGGAGCUGAAGAAUGGGGUGCCGGCCCUCAGCAUUAGCCACGGUUCAGGGACCCUGAUGCUGCAGCUGCCUUCCAGGGCCACAGUUACCGACCGCCGCUGGCACCAGCUCGAUAUAAUCAGCGAUGGCAAGACUGUGCAGCUCGUUCUGGACCGCUGCACUGGGGCCAUGGUCAAUGAGGUGGAGGGCCUGGGGGUGGAAGUGCUGGAGACCGACCAGUCCAUCUGCAAGGCGACCGGAGAGACCCCUGGGACAGAGAGGUUCCUCAAUGUGAACCAGCCCCUGCAGCUGGGGGGUGUGAAGGAGGUUGUCCCUCACCGACGGACACACCCCCUGUUCAAGGGGUUUGUGGGGUGUCUGAGGGAUCUGGUCGUGGACAGCCAGGUGUAUGACUUGGGCAGCCCUGCUGAGAGUCUCAACACCACCCCUGGCUGUGGUCUGACUGACGGCGUGUGUCUGACGGGCGGGGGGCCCUCCUGUGGCGUGAACGGGAAGUGCCUCGGGGAGUGGGGCUCCUUCAGCUGCGACUGUGACCCAGGGUUCAGCGGGCAUAAGUGCGACAAAGCCCUGCCGGAGUGGUCCUUCGAGAAGGAGAGCCUGCUGCGGUACCAGUUGAGGGGGGGCGGGAGCCCGCGGCAGACCCACGCCCAGCUGCUCCUCCGAACCCGCGCCUCCACAGGCACCCUGCUCAGCAUGGCCUCCCGUGACACCAACGAGUACAUCAUCCUGGAGAUACUGGACGGGCACCUGAGUGUCCGUGCCAACCUGGGCGAUGGCGCCCACGCCCUGCGGCUGACCAGCCAGCGUGUGGACGGGGGCCAGUGGGUGCUGCUCGGCCUGCAUCGCCAUGACAACCUCUUCACGCUGCGGCUGGAGCAGGGCGGGGGGGCGCGGGAGGUCAGUGCCACCCUGGGCCACAAGCGGGAGAUCGUGGUGCACCCCUCCAGCGUGAUGCUUGGGAACAGCCUGACCCCCGGCCUGCAUGGGGACUUCCAGGGCUGCAUUCGGGACGUGCGGUUGAACGGGCAUUCUCUGCCACUGGACGGGCAGAGCACCGAGUUCAGCACGGUGCUGGAGCGCCGCGGGAUCCAGGGGGGCUGCCACUCAGAUGCCUGCAGCAGCCGGCCCUGCCGCAACCCGCUGUACUGCGUGGACCUCUGGAGGAAGCACGAGUGCAGGUGCCCUGCAGGUCAGGUGAUGGUAGUGGACGAAAUUUCAGGUCUCCAGCGUUGCGCCCCAUCCCCCUGCGGAACCAACACUUGCCGCAACGGGGGCACCUGUAUCGCCCACUCCCCCAAAAGUGUCCAGUGCAGCUGUGCAGAGGGCUUCAGGGGUCAAUGGUGUGAGGUCAGCCAGGUCAAGGCCAUUCGAUUGGCUGCCCUCAGCCCCAGCUCCAUCUUGGCCAUCAGCAUGUGCCUGCUCGUGUUCUUCGCGGUACUGGUGGCUGUGACAGUGUGGAAUCAGAAAGGGAGUCGCAGUAAGUUCCAGAAGAGGGGAGUGUACCACAUUCCAGCCGAGCACGAGAGCUGGGAGGACAUCCGUGAAAACAUUCUCAACUACAAUGAAGAGGGAGGUGGGGAGCAGGACCAGAAUGCCUAUGACAUCACAGAGCUGAAGAGGCCACUGUGCUCCAGUCUGUCGCAGUCGUCCUCCUGCACCACCGCGCCCCUCAUAAAGUCCUCCCAGGGCUCACAGGAAGAGGUGCACCCCGCGGGGAGCGGGGCCGUGGCUGCUGCCUUCCACCAUGGCAUGGCCUCCUGCACCUCCAGCUGCCCCAUGGACUUCAAGAGCUACGUCUCCAGGAUCAUCUGGGAGGCCGACAACGACGACCUGGCCCUUCCCAUGGACACCUACCAGGUGUACUGCAUCGAGGGCAUGGGCACGCCCGCCGGAAGCCUCAGCUCCCUGGGCUCGGCUAUUCCCGAAGAGGACUUCAGCUACAACUACCUGCGUCACUGGGGCUCCAAAUUUGAGGCCCUCAGCGAGCUGUACCACAGGCCCGAGCUGGUGGUCACCUACAAGGACGCCGUCGAGAGUCACGGCUACAACCAGGACCACAGUCACAACCAGCUCUGAUGAUUGCGGCCAGAUCCUCCUUAUCGUCAGUGUCUGUGAUAGUUCACCAUUUGAACACGGUUUUUCUUCGGGAGGUAAAAGGGCAGCAGGCAAUGUCAAGAAAAUGACAAAGAGUGUUGUUCCUCUAAGAGAGCUCAAGCUUCAUUUCUGCUUCUGUAAUGAAGUCGUAAAAGCUUUAUAUGUGGAAGGGGUGCGUAGGAAC